AUGCAGUUUGAUUACGGUCGAUUUUCUGGAAACCAACGCGUGCCAGAGGUGUGCGCGCGGGGGUUGCCGCGCAGCGAGGGCUCGGCCAAAGGCAGCACCGUGUUACCCGCGCUCACCUCGGCCUUCUCUGUGCAGCAGAGGGUGUCGGUGGAGUUGCUGGACCGCCUGGAACACCUGGCCUUGGUGGAUUUCCGGGAUGCGGAGGGCGUAGAGCGGCUGCAGCAAGCCAUCCAGUUUGCUGAUCAGCUUCAGGAAGUGAACACCGAUGGUGUAGAACCGAUGGAUUCAGUCCUGGAGGACAGGUGUCUGUACCUCAGAGAAGAUGAUGUUACAGAAGGCAACUGCACAAAAGAGCUGCUGAAAAAUGCCAGAGAGAAAGUAGAGGAAUAUUUUGUGGCCCCACCAGGUAACAUCCCUUUACCAAAGUUAGAAGAACGAGAGACUUUUCUGCACGGCUUUUAG